CUAAGAGCCCAGGGGGGCAAGAGGGGCUGGCUCUCAGCCCCCGCCUCGCGGGGGGCCGCACCCCCCUGCGAGGGGGGUCCUAAGACCCAGGGGGGCAAGAGGGGCUGGCUCUCAGCCCCCGCCUCGCGGGGGGUGCCGCACCCCCCUGCGAGGGGGGUCCUAAGAGCCCAGGGGGCAUCGCGGGGGGUGCCGCACCCCCCUGCGAGGGGGGUCCUAAGAGCCCAGGGGGCAAGAGGGGCU